AUGGCCCCUGUAAUUGCAAGCGGCCUGAGCGACCCGUCCCUUAUUCAGGAGCGGUCAUACAUCAACGGACAAUGGGUCGCGGCCAACUCUGGGAAGACCUUCAAAGUCUCAAACCCCGCGACAGGCGAGGUUAUCGGAACCGCCCCCGAGUGCGACGUCGAGGACCUCAAUGCCGCCAUCAGCGCUGCCUCGGACGCUUUCCAAACCUGGAGGGCGUACUCCGGCCGCCAGCGCGGCCGCAUCAUUCGGAAACUAUUUGACCUGAUUGUCGAACACAAGAUAGACAUUGGCAAGAUCAUCACGGCCGAGAAUGGCAAAGCAAAACCCGAUGCAGAGGGCGAGGCCUUGUUUGCUGCCAGCUUUUUUGAGUGGUUCUCUGAGGAGGCGCCGCGCAUCUACGGCGACGUCGCUCCGCACUCGACUCCCAAUGGAAGGAUCCAGAUCCUCAAGCAGCCCGUAGGCGUGUGUGGACUGAUCACGCCCUGGAACUUCCCCAUCGCCAUGGCCGCUCGCAAGGUUGCUGCCGCGCUCGCCGCCGGCUGCACCCUCGUCCUCAAAUCAGACGGCGUCACCCCAUUUGCCACGAAUAUCCUGGCCGUUCUCGGAGAGCGCGCCGGCCUGCCCAAGGGCGUGCUCAACAUUGUUACCGCCCUGGACAACACGCCGCGCCUAGGCCUGGCCCUCUGUGAAUCGCCCGAGGUGAAGAAGAUCUCCUUCACCGGCUCGACCAGGGUCGGCAAGAUCCUCAUGCGACAGUCCAGCGAUAGCCUCAAGAAGCUCAGCAUGGAGCUUGGCGGCAACGCACCGUUCAUCGUCUUUGACGAUGCGAACGUCGAAACCGCUGUUGCGGCUGCCGUCAUCGCAAAGUUCAAGGUAACCGGCCAGACCUGCGUUUGUGCCAAUAGAAUCUAUGUGCAAGAGGGGAUCUACGAAAAGUUCAGUCGGAGGCUUGUGGAGGAGGUCCGCAAGUUCCGCGUCGGCAACGGUGCUGACGGCUCAGUCACCCAUGGUCCCCUGACCAUUGGUGUCGAGAAGACCGAGGAGCACGUUCAGGAUGCCAUCAACAAAAAAGCGUCGGUGCUCCUUGGAGGCAAACGUCUCACGAACCUCGGACCGAACUUCUUCGACCUCACUGUUCUGGGUGACGUGACGGACGAGAUGGCGGUCAUGACGGAGGAAACAUUUGGCCCCCUGGCGGCGCUUUCCAAGUUCAAGACCGAGGACGAGGUGAUCAGAAGAGCCAACACUUCUGAGGUCGGUUUGGCGUCCUAUGUGAUGACAAACUACCUGAACAGGCAAUACCGUGUCACAGAAAAGCUCGACUUUGGCAUGGUCGCCAUCAACACAGGCGUCAUCUCCGAUCCUGCAGCGCCAUUCGGUGGUGUCAAGCACUCUGGUUUUGGUCGCGAGGGCAGUAAAUACGGCGUGGACGACUAUCUGGUGCUCAAGUCUGUCGUGAUCGGUGGCAUCCAAACCGCAUACAAGCGGUGA